AUGAGCAGGAUGGGCCACACACACUCCCGGCCCGGCUGUGCCCCGCCCCCACCCUGUGACUCGCCGCGGCAUCCGCUGCUCAUGGCACUGCCCCCCCCCACACACACUGGCAGCUGUCACCCAGACUCUGCUGGGCUGGUGCCCACCCCCGCCCACCCCCGGGCCCUCUCUCCCACUUGCCUGGGGACGAGACGGUGCCGCGUGCAGGUCCCCGAGGACCCUGAACAGGCGGGCGCCCCCGGCCUCCCCUCCCCAGCUCCCGCCCAGAGUGCCCAGCCCGCUCCAGGCCCUGGUGGGGCUCCUCCACAGGGCCUACUGAGCCCCCCACCUCACGGCCACAAGCAGGUGGCACGUGUGGCCACCGUCCUCGUGGACUGUGAGCGUUUCCUGGGCAGCCAAUGGCUGGGCGAGCCUGUGUCCCUUCAGGGCUGCAGAUUUGACUUCCUGCAGCGGGGCCAGAGUCUGUUCAUGCCGCCUGGCCCUGGGACAGUCGGCUUUUCGCUUCUUUUCACUGAGGUGUCGGUCCUCACAGCGGCAGCUUUCCACACUCGGGAUUCCCCGCUCGGGAUUCCCCGCAGGGACCUUGCUGGGCCUCCUGCGGGCUGGCCCACCAGACCCAACCUUGGGGUUGUGCCAGGCCCGGGUUUGGGGCACACGAGAGACAGCGUCAGGAUGGGAGGGAGCAAGGCGGGGCCUCCCGUCCACAGGCCGCUGUUCACAGGCCCCUCCCGCCACCCCCUGGUCCCCAGCAGAAGGGUGGCACCUCUCCACCCGCGCCUGAGGGUGCCCUGGGUCUCUGACCACAGGAAGCCAUCGCCCGUACCGUGUUGCCGGCCGGGCCUCAGGAACCAGCCCGUCUUGUCCGGGCCCCUGCACUCUCUGCUGGUCGGGGUCUUCUCGGCCCUCGGGGCCCCCCACCCCCACCGCACCCCCGGUGUCCACUCCGCUGUGUGUCUGAGAUCUCCGAGCUUCUCCGGCGGACCAAAAGCAGACUCCGUUUCACUGCCCGCUGGGGCCGUGCUGUCCGCCUCCGUCCCCCAUUCCUGGGCGCCCAGUGGAGGCCGGGGCCCCCCUGGGAGGCAGCCGUCACGCCGGGACCCCAGCGCCCGGAGGCCCGUUGGCGACCGCCGGGAGACCUUCCCGCUGGGGAGCGCGCUCAGCCAGUUACGCUAG